GGGAGAAGACUGCAGAUCCUGGAAGUGUGUGAGCUAUAUUGCAAAUGUCUUCUCUCUCGGGCAUCAUUCAUACAUCAAGCUGUGGCCAGCCUUCGUGUCGUUGAGAAACACAGUUUUUGAACACCUGCUCUGAGUGUUAACAAUCCCUGUUGUUUCAAUUUGACACCAAGGCAGUGAUAGCGAGAGCUUCCGUCGUACAACGAGACUCAGUUUACCUUGGAGGCUAGCCUUGUAGGCCUUUAGAGAUGACUAUUGUAACUUCUAAGCCUUGUGGACGUGUGCAGCAGUGUAGCGCAAUGACACCAUGCGGACACUGACGACCUCUAUGCUGCAGUAACUUCAGAGGGUGGACAGAUCUGCCCCCAGGCAAACCAGACACGAUGCUUCAAAGCGCCACCCGCUAUCUGAUCUUUUUUCAGUAUAUUGGGACAAAGUACAGUGGCGUAGUGAAAGCUCCACCUCACCAAGCUGUUCUGGGUGUUCAGAAUUAUUUGGAGGACGCGGUACGGAGCCUGAAGCCGGUUAACGAGGUGGCGGUGUUCAUCUCCAGUCGCACAGACACUGGCGUCCACGCCCUUGGUAACUCCGCCCACGUGGACAUCCAGCGCAGAGAGGGGAGGAGCCCCUUUAAGGAGGAGGAGCUUGUACAUGCCCUCAACCUCUACCUCAAACCACAAAACAUCAGAGUGACCAGAGCCCGGAAAGUGGACAGUCAUUUCAGCGCGCGUUACCGGGCCGUCUCGCGCACCUAUGUCUAUCGGCUGGCCACGGGAGUCCGCCACCACACACACACCCCUCUGACUGAGAACAAGCUCUGCUGGUUUCUACCCGAAACCGAGCUGGACGUGGGCGCCAUGCGUGUGGCCGGUUCCGUCCUGCUGGGCACUCAUGACUUCAGCACAUUCCGCGCAAUGAGCUCCGACGCUCCGUUCAAGAGUCCGGUCAAGACGCUCGAGAUUGCCAAGCUGGAGCCUGGGGUGUCCUUCGCCUCGCAACACUUCAAUAGGAAUAUCCAGCAUUGGGACUUAACCUUCAAAAGCAGGUCGUUUCUGUACAGACAGGUGAGGAGGAUGACUGGUGCACUGGUGGCUGUAGGUCAGGGGAAACUCCGCCCCUCUGAUAUCCAGGACCUUUUGGAGGCUCGUGAUUCGCUGGCUUUCCCCACCAAUAUCAUGGCCCCACCAUAUGGACUUUUCCUCACACAAGUGGAGUACCGGGAGUCAGGUGAAGAUGAGGAUGGGCACCUUUACCUUCCACCCUUCCUCUCACCAUAAGUAGCCAAACACCACGCAGCGUUAGCUGUAAGCUGAUGGGGGAAAUAAAAACAGCUCCAUUAUGUUGAACAGAUGAACUUAUGGUCUCGUUCAGUGGUCAUCUAGUGAAAAAUGUCUUGUUCCAAUAUCUCCAGGUGUAUGAAAUACCAGUCAUGUUUUUGGUCUUGGUGGGAGCAGACAAAAUCUAAGCAACUUGUAUAUCUGUGCUGUGCUUUGCCUGAAAUUGUCAGGGUAAUGAGGGAAUAUUUUGUUUUUGGUGGCAAAACAAUUUGAUACAUUGUCUGUUUUUUUAGAUCUGACACCGGGAUGGUCACUCGCUCACUCCAGUGAAGAGGAAUGACUGCCAGUGUUUCUCUGCACUCUGCUGCACUGCAUUGCAGUUUUUCUCGAUCACUUUGAUGCGGGUGUCAACUCUGACAUCACGUUUUCGAAACAGUUAACACUCACACAUUUUCUUUGCAAAAGGCUGUUACUCUCUCAAAACAUGCAGCAAAAGCAAAUUUUGCCU